GACAGGUGGCCCUCUGCCUGAGUCUGAGUGAGUCCAGCUUCUGGAGAAGGAGCUUCGGCGGGCGAGGGACAGAGGGAAGGACGCCGCCAUGAGCGCCCCGCUGACUGGCCUCGCCUGGGUCUCCGCCAACGCCAGCGCCGCUGGAUGGACAACGAUCACGUCCACUGUGGAAGGAACAUCUGCCAACUUUGGAAAAGGAUUUGCACAGAAAUCUGGUUACUACCUCUGUUAUACGUCGUCAAUAAGCAAUGUGAAUCCCAUAGGAGAGGUACUAUAUGAUGUCGUAAUCUUGAGUGAGAAAUCACCACUUCCUCCUGGAUACACUUACGUUAAAGAAUUUUUGGAUCCAAAGACAUCCAUUUCCAAGAAGAAGAGGCUGUGUGUCAAGCUAAUUCCUUUGGGCACAGCAGAAACAGCUAUCUUUGACAUCAUGCUCAGCAGCAAAAGCAAAGUUGUGCCAAACUAUUUGCGCAUAGGGGAAAUGAGUGGAUUUGCACUUUGGUGUAGAAAAGAGCCUGUUGUCAAGCCCAAACCCCUUCCUAAGCCACGGAACGUCAAUUUAGAAAUGAAACAGCUUUCACUAGAAUCAGAAAAUGCAGACCUUCCAUCAGAAAAGCCCACAAUCCCCAAAAGGCAAGCUACGCUCAAGCGGCAUGAGUCUAUAUACGAAAGUUCUAAUGUCUAUGGCAUCUCAGCCAUGGAUGGCGUUCCCUUCACCCUGCACCCCAAGUUUGAGAGCAGUGUCACUGGGAGCACUAAUGCCUUUUCUGUCUUUAAAAACUUCCACAUCAAGUCUCUUGCUGACAUUGAGAAAGAGUAUGACUAUGGGUUUGUGGUCGAAAGAACUGCAGCUGCCAGACUUCCACCCAGCAUCUCAUAGCAUUAGCUGUUUCUUGCCGAAAAAUUUCUGCAUUGGAGGCACUUAUCUGAACAGACAGCCAACUAAGGGCACGGAAGUGCUCUUUUAAAAGGAAUUAGCUCUUGGGGCCUGGGCUUUACUGAAUCAAGCUUGUAAAUUAUAUUCUUACCUGCUGAAAGCUAACAGGGCUCUCUGCACUAUAUUUCAUCAUUGACACAAGCCAAACUUUUUUUAGUAUCAUUUCUCACAAUAUCUAUUUUCUAAGCAAAAUACUACUUUAAAAAAAAAUAAACUUGUGAACAGAA